GGCGUCUCAUAAAUUGAAGAUACUAUGCCUACAUGGAUACACCCAAAAUGCAAUCAUGUUCCAAAAGCGAACAUCUGCUAUACGGAAAAGCGUGGAUCAUCUGGCUGAAUUAGUGUAUAUUACUGCUCCUCAUCAUAUCAAGCCACCUACUCUAUCUGGUGAAUAUGUAGCAGAAAGUGAUGAUGAUGUCUCUGAAGAACACAAGCCAUUUGGUUGGUGGUAUGCGCCCAGAUAUAAACCUACAAAGGACGGCUAUUUUAUUGGCUAUAAAGAAUCUGUUGCAUACAUUCAACAAGUACUAAAGAACCAGGGUCCCUUUGAUGGUAUACUUGGUUUUUCGCAAGGUGCAGCCUUUGCUGCAUUGUUAACAGAGCUACUAGAAAACAAAAGUCACGAAUUCUCUUCUUUUGAUCAUCCUCCUUUUAAAUUUACAAUCCUCGUCUCUGGUUUUAAACCAACCAUGCAAGAGGCAACCAAUACGUUGCUUACUACAGAACAUAAAGUAAAGACGCCCAGUCUUCAUUAUAUUGGUGAUCUGGAUACACUUGUACUACCAGAGAAAAUGCUGUCUCUUACUGAAGUUUUUGAAAACCCUGUCAUCUUUCGUCAUAUGGGAGGGCACUAUUUGCCCUCAACCUCAGCAAGUCAAAAAGCACUAAUAAGCUUUCUUUCGCAGCAUGUUUAAUUAAAAUAAAUGUAUUUUGCAACUAUUGAAAAUGAUUACGGUAAAGGAUACUUGAUCAUCUUGAAAUGGUCUUUAAGGGUAACACUUUAUGCAAUGCACUCUUAUUUAAUCUGAGAGUCAAAUACACUCUCAGGCACUACUAUACAAAAUACACUUCUUCCCUAGAAAGAUCAACCAUGCUUAUUAAUUAUUACUAAUUCAUCAGGUGCACACACAUAAAUAUAUACAUAUGCCUUUUUUCUUUCUGAAACUCAU